UCGUGUGAAAGUCCAUGCUGCGUGCUGCAUUGAUACAAAAACAAACCGCUUUUGCUAUCACAGUCGCCUGAACCCCACACAUCUCGCUCGACCCUCGUUCCGACCAGUGCUUUGCUUGCUUUUCCAUUCAUUCGUUUCUUGAAUUCCUACUUUCGUUUAUUCUUUCUUCUUUUUGGUCUUUCUCCGCAAUGGCGCCUCAGCUUUUUCGUCGCAAACGUGCGCCGCCGUCCGCCGGCCGUGAAGCCGCUAUUGCUAUGUUUGGCACCUCUGCCUUUAACUAUGGUGACGACGACACGCUCUCUCCCGAAGAGUCCUCCGCUCUAGACUCGGACGCCUGGCUGUCUGCCUACACCCCCCCAUCCGGCUCAUACCCAACCUCCAGCAAGUUCGUGGCCGAGUCCGCCCGACAAGUCAUCGAGUCCUACAACCCUGCAGAUCCCCUCAGCCAGCCCCGACCCCAGCGCGCGCAGCCUCAGGACGCCGCCAACCCGCGCCGCUUCAUGUCCCUGAAACGCAUGUCCUCGACCUUCACCCUGCAGCACGGCAACCUCUCCCUCGGCGAGCUGCUCGCGUCCGCGGUCUCGAUCGACGAGCUCCGCAAGCCCUCCGUCGGCAGAGUCCUCAGUCGCCAGCCGUCGACGACCUCGCUCGCGGGCCCGUCCUCGUCGACGUCUUCCUCGUCCGCGUCCUCGUCUGCCUCCGCGUCCGCUUCGAGCUCGAGAGUGGCUCCAGACCUAACCCAGCCAGCGACCACCGCCGACGAUCACCACCCCAGCGAUUAUCAACAAAGACGUCAUAACUCUGAGAUCUCGUCCUCGUCCGCUCAAAUACCUUCCUCGCAGUCCCUGCACUUUGCUCAUCAGUUUGCUACGCCUUCUCUGCGCUCCUACCAGCGCGACAGCAAUACAAACAACGGUUUUGCGCGCCAGCCCUUGCCGCAGCCCAAGCCUCGCUACUUUGCUCCCGAGCUGCGCCCGACAAAGUCGGUCUUAGUCGGUCCUGUCCAGCUGCCACCGCCCGCCGUCGGCCGACCAAAGAACUCGCCCUCGCCUGUCUCGUCGGGGUCGUUUAAAUCAAACAACUCUACCGCCUCGCAUCAACCGCAGCGGGGGCAAAUCCAACGAACCCCCGGUGUUCGUGAGACGCUGUCGACGCGUGCUCAGAGUAUGCCGCUCCCGAGCUCUGCAAAGGAGGAGUCGGCCUCGUCCUCGAGAUCGUCGCUCGAGUCUUCUGCUCAGUCGUCCUCUUCUUCUUCUUCAUAUGUCGAUGCGCCACCCGCCGCUGGUGCCAAAGCAGCAGCCGCCGCAGCACCUUCAUCUGACGUCGCGACAUCGAUGUCCUCGCGAACCGCCGGCAGCGGCAGCGAGAUCUCGCCUGCCUCGUCGAUGAUCUUUGAACGACAAGUGCAGCAAGACGCGGCCUCGACCAGCGCCGGCUCGUCCUGCGGCGCGAUUCCGACCCAUCACCACAGCUCGAACCUGAUCCCGCCGGUGCUGACGGCGUCGUGCGAAGUGCUCACGAACGAGCAGACUGAUCCUGACCAGGUCGAGGUUGUCUCGGUCUCGCGGAGUAGUCUGCACCGGAGCAACUCGAAUGCAUCGUUGACCUCCAUGGGCUCGAUCGCGCUCUCGAUGCAGCCUGUCUCGCCGACUGCGUCCGUCAAAAACUACAGCACCCCGAACAACUACACCACUAACGACAGCAACGAAGAGAACAUGAUUAAUAGUAAUGACAACAGCAGCCCCACCGUGCAGCACCGACUGAGCUUCUACUCGUUCGUGGACGUGAUCAACAGCGACUGCUCACCCGGUCUCUCUUCCAGCCCGUCAAGUCCGACCGUCGACUCGAGCAAGAGCACAAAGUCCGUCGUCGACAGCACGAUCGAGGAUAGCUCUCUUCGAACCCCGAGCAGUCCGGUGGUGAUGGUGACGACGUUGGGAGAGGCGAUUCGGCGGAAGCAGGACGAGAUUAUUACUUCGUUGUAGGUUUCUUUUUGCUUCUUGUAAUAUGUAAUUUCAGAGAGGGGUAGGAUGGAUCGGAUGGGUUUUUUUUUAUUUUUGUAUACUCUCUUUCGGUGUAUUUAGUGUAGUGUUUUCGU